CUGCCGCCAUUAACGAAACAUCGGAGAGAGAUCAAUCAAACUUUGAAAGAAGAAUGAACAUCGUUGGAUUAAGCAAACGUCUCUUCUCCGAUCGUCGUCGUUCUCUUCACGGAAUCAACAAUGCCCUCGUCGGAACUGUGAUCUCCGGUCGAAAACCUAUUCUGGGAUUCUCCGGCCGAUCGUUUCACGAGCUGCGCAAGGCUGGGAAUUUCGUAGUCCCUCGUGUCUUCUCCGUGUCGCGGAAUCUAUCGACGAAUGCUUCGUCUCCUUCGAAACAGCCUGCGUUUCUGAGAUGGUAUUUGAGGAAGCUUGAAUCACACCCUUUCAUGACUAAGAGCGUCACUACUUCGCUUAUUUAUAUGGCCGCUGAUCUCACUUCUCAGAUGAUCACAAUGCCGCCAUCUGGUUCUUUUGACCUGAUAAGAACAGCAAGAAUGGCUAGCUUUGGGUUGAUAUUUCUCGGGCCAUCACAGCAUGUGUGGUUCAGUUAUCUUUCUAGAAUAUUGCCAAACCGUGACGUGUUGACAACCUUUAAGAAAAUUAUGAUGGGGCAGGUUCUUUUCGGACCUUGUAGCAACACAGUCUUCUAUUCUUAUAAUGCCAUUUUACAAGGUGAAAAUUCUGGCGAAAUCUUGGCGAGAUUGAAGCGAGAUCUUCUGCCAACAUUGAGAAAUGGACUGAUUUAUUGGCCGGCCUGUGAUUUUGUUACAUUCAAGUAUGUGCCAGUUCAUCUACAGCCACUGAUGAAUAGCUCGUGCGCAUACAUAUGGACGAUUUAUUUGACAUAUAUGGCAAACCAGACGAAAGCUGAAUCUGAUUGAUGGAUGACACUAUUAUUGGUCACACGCAAUUCUAUUUCUUUAUUUCAUUGAAUUAGUUGAACUGAACAUCAGAUAUUAGUAAUAGUAGGUUUGUUCUUUCUGUGUCUACCAUUCAUCAACAGUUUCUCAUAGACACAAAAGUGUACUAACUUUGAAUUUUUGAUCUAAGCAUAUAUAUUAAUUUCUAAGGUA